UACAUAUUAAUAUUUUUCCUUCCUUAUCUUCACACACACACAUAUACACACACACAUACUCACACACAGCUACCUACGUCAGAGGUUAAACAUCUUGCCUGUCUGAAACAGUAGACAGACCUGGUAGAACCACACACUGUCUGCGACACGCUGACCAGAUGGGUAACUGUCUCUCUUCUUUUAGGGCCCAAUUUAGGCCGAAUCAAGGAUCGGGAUCGACUGCAACACCGAUUAUACCCUUAACACCAAAUAAACCUCCUAAACCAACCACUACAGAUGAUACAGAACCAACCAAGCCAGACAGCAAGCCAUCCCAAGAUGGAGAAAACAUAGAAGAGUCGUCUUUGCUUGUAGAUAGCGUAGAUCUAUGUUUAGUCGACAACAUUGUCUCACAUUAUACUGACAAAUAUGAAUCAGUGAAGAAGGAAUCUCCAACGUUAGUUGUUAGAAGAGGAUUUCCAUUUAAACUCACCAUCAAUUUCAAUCGAGAAUAUAACGAAACCAAAGACGCUGUCUGCUUAGUAUUUACUGUGAAAAAUGCCAAAACGCCAUCGUAUUCGCAAGGUACACUUAUCAUUACACCAAUUGUACCAGAAUCGGAUGAUACUUUACCAUCGGAUGGAUGGCAAGCUAAACUUAUAUCUAAGGAAGAUAAAAGCAUUUUAGUACAGGUUUUCCCAACAUCUAACUCCAUUGUUGGUGUAUGGUCCGUUGACGUGGACACUAAACUAAAAACAGAAAAGGAAAAUAUUUCCAUCCCGAAUCGUUACACCCUCAAAGAACCAAUUUAUAUACUUUUCAACCCUUGGUGUAAACAGGAUUCGGUGUACCUGAGUGAUCAGGAAGCUAGGAAAGAAUACGUUUUAAAUGAUAGCGGAUUACUUUGGAGAGGAAGUCACAAUAGGCUCAGGCCUUGUAUAUGGAAUUAUGCACAGUUUGAAGAAAAUAUUUUGGAAUGCAGUUGUUACUUGUUAACUUCUGUUGGCAAUUUAUCAAUAGUUAACCAAGCUGAUCCGGUUAAAGUGGUGCGCCAUUUAUCAGCUGUCAUGAAUUCUCCAGAUGAUGCAGGAGUUAUAGUGGGUAACUGGAAAGGUGACUAUAACGGUGGUGUCUCACCUACUAUUUGGGGAGGAAGCAUGGCUAUAUUACAACAAUUUUAUAAAACAUUAAAACCUGUUAAAUUUGGGCAAUGUUGGGUCUUUUCCGGAGUAUGUACAACAGUAUGCCGUGCUCUUGGUAUUCCUUGUCGAAGUGUCACCAAUUUUGCUUCAGCCCACGAUACUCAUAACAGUCUUACCAUAGAUCAGUUCUUUGAUGAUUCGGGUGAUCCAAUUUCGCGACUUAACAUCGAUUCAGUUUGGAAUUUCCACGUUUGGAACGAAGUGUGGAUGGAGAGGCCAGAUUUGGAACCGGGAGGUUAUGGUGGGUGGCAAGCCAUUGACGCAACACCCCAAGAAAAAUCUGAUGGCGUUUAUAGAUGCGGCCCUGCAAGCGUAACUGCGAUAAAACGAGGUGAAAUUAUGAAAGCGUACGAUACUGCAUUUUUGUUCGCUGAAGUAAAUGCAGACAAAGUAUACUGGAGAUAUAAAGGCGAUAAUAAGCCCCUGAAACUCAUUAUGAAAUCUUCAGACACAAUUGGGCAGCAUAUAAGUACAAAGAUGAUGGGAACUUUCGAGCGUGAUGAUAUUACUUCAGAAUACAAAUAUCAAGAAAAAAGUACAGAAGAAAGAGAAGUAAUGCUUCGUGCUUUAAGACAAUGUAGAAAUUCAUUCUCCAGAUAUUAUCUUAAUGAAGAAAUGGAAGAUGUAGAAUUUGACUUUACUCUCCUUGAUGAUAUUGUUAUAGGAUCUCCAUUUUCGGUUAAAUUGAAAGCACAAAACAAAAGUACAGAAAAGGAAUAUAAUUUAGAUAUUGUGUUACGAGUCGAUACAGUUUUAUAUACAGGAAAAUUAAAAAAUUUAGUAAAGAAGGAUAAAUUUAGCAUAAAGAUUGCUCCAAAUACAGAAGAGGAAAUAAAAAUGAAUUUAACUUUUGAUGAAUACUCUAAAGUACUAGCCGAUCAGUGCGCAUUUAACAUAGCCGCAAUGGCAAAAGUAAUUGAAACAGAUUUUGAUUACUUUGCACAAGAUGAUUUCAGAGUUAGAAUGCCUGACAUAGUUAUAGAGACUGAAACCGAAAUUGUCCAAGAGCAGCCAUUCGAAGUUACUGCCUAUUUCAAAAAUCCUUUGCCAAAACCACUUCGUAAAUGUGUCUUUGUUUUAGAAGGUCCAGGUCUUGGACAACCUCUUAAGUUACCUAUCAAAGGGUUAGUAUAUAUAUAUAAAAUUUUUAAAACCUGA